AUGAAGCUCCAAGCCGCCUUGCUCGCCGCCGUGACGGCCGGUGUUGUUGUUGGUCAGACUGACGACACCGGGCCUCCAUCGGAGGUGCCCUUCUAUGGUCUCAGCCCGCCGGUGUAUCCUACUCCCGUCGGAGAUGGAAAGACCAGCCCAAAGUGGUCAUCUGCCUAUAAGCGGGCCAGAGCUCUCGUGGCGCAGAUGACGCUUGAGGAGAAGAGCAAUAUCACACGCGGGUUUCCUGGCGCCUGUGUGGGUAACACCGGAAGCGUGGCUCGCCUCGAUAUCCCAGCGCUCUGCUUUGCUGAUGCCCCCGACGGAAUUCGUGGCCAGGAAUUCGUUUCUGCCUUCCCAGCAGGCAUCCACGUUGCCGCCACAUUCGACAAGGACCUGAUGGAGAGAUACGGUCGCGCCCUAGGAGAACAGUAUUACGCCAAGGGCAUCAACGUCGCCCUCGGGCCCGUGGCUGGACCGCUUGGGCGUAUGGUUCGCGGCGGGCGAAAUUGGGAGGGUCUGUCGAAUGACCCAUACCUCGCUGGUGUCGGAAUGGGUGCCAUCACCAAGGGGAUACAGGAUGCCGGCGUGAUCGCCACGCCCAAGCAUUGGCUGUUGAACGAGCAAGAACACCGCCGUCUGCGUGGAGAUCAGGGUGUUUCCAUCAGCGCCGAUGUCGACGACAGGACGCUCCAUGAGCUCUAUGCGUUCCCUUUCAUGGACUCCCUUCGCGAGGGAGCAGGCGCUCUGAUGUGCGGAUACAAUCGUGCGAACCAGUCAUACGUGUGCCAGAACUCCAAGUUGCUCAACGGCGUCCUCAAGACCGAGCUUGGCUUCGAGGGCUUCGUCGUGAGUGACUGGGGGGCCCACGAGUCUGGCGUAGGCAGUGCCAACGCAGGACUAGACGUCGUCAUGCCCAACGGCGGAUACUGGGGCAACAACCUCACCCAGGCUGUUAACAACGGCUCUGUCAGCACCGACCGACUCGACGACAUGGUCACCCGCGUGCUGGCCAGCUUCUACUACCUGCGACAGGAGAACACAUUUCCCAGCCCCGCGGUAUAUUCCAGCACACAAAAGCACUUUGCCGUCCAAGCCCAGGCGUUUGACCACACCGAGCUGAUCCACGAGAUUGGAGCUGCGGGAACCGUGCUGGUCAAGAACGUCAACGGCACACUGCCCUUUAAGAAUCCCAAAUUCCUCAACAUCUUCGGAUAUGACGCUACCGUCAAGGCCCAGCCGUGGGAGAACCCAUCCCGCUUCGGCGGAGGCUACGAAGUCAACUUCGGCUGGGAGACAUUCAACGGCACGCUGAUCAGCGGUGGUGGAUCAGGCAGCAGCACACCCUCUUAUGUCUUUGACCCUUUCAUGGCUAUCUCGGAGCGCAUCCGUAAGGACCGCGGCACCCUUCGGUGGGACUUCUGGUCCGAGAAUCCCUCCCCGGCAUAUGUGAAUGCUGAGCACUGCCUGGUCUUCAUCAAUGCCUAUGCUUCUGAGGCUUUUGACAGGACAACACUCAAGGAUGAGUUCUCUGACAACCUCGUCAAGAAUACCGCCGCGAACUGCAGCAGCACCAUUGUUGUCCUUCACUCCGCAGGUGUUCGUGUUGUAGAUGAGUGGAUCGACCAUCCGAAUGUCACUGCCGUCAUCUUUGCUGGUCUGCCCGGCCAAGAGACUGGCCGGUCGCUCGUUUCGGUACUCUACGGCGAUGUCAACCCCAGCGGCCGCCUGCCGUACACAGUCGCCAAGAACGAGUCCGACUACGGUUAUCUGCUGAACUCGACCGUGAGUGACGACUAUUACCCCGCUACCAACUUCAGUGAGGGCUUGUUCAUCGACUACCGCAUGUUUGACAAGGAAGAUAUCGAGCCACAGUUCGAGUUCGGCUUUGGGCUGAGCUACACCACGUUCGAGUACAGCGGCCUGACCACCUCGCUCGUUGGCAAGGCUUCGAACGAGAGCUUUGCUGAGUACCCCAACCCGGACAUCGCGAUUGUCCAGGGUGGGCAUCCGGAGCUUUGGGACACUAUUGCUGUGGUCAGGGCCACCGUCGAGAACUCAGGCAAUGUCGACGGCGCCGAUAUUGCACAGCUGUACAUCAGCAUCCCUGCCGAGGGAACGCCGACGAGGCAGCUCCGUGGCUUCAAGCGGGUCGGUCCCCUGGCACCGAGCGAGGGAAGGCGGGCUGUAUUUGAGCUGACGAGGAGAGAUCUGAGUGUCUGGGAUGUAGAGAAGCAGCAGUGGAGGCUGGUGAGGGGAGAGUAUGGUGUUCACGUUGGAAGGAGUUCCCGGGACCUGCCGCUGACGGGCUCGUUCACGAUCGAGUAAUAUUUGUAAUCCACUAAUAAAAUGAAUCGGCUGUGGUUUCAUGAUG